UAUCUUUGGGAUGGUUUCCAUUCUUAUAGCAGGAGCCAGAUGUGAGGCGAUGCACAGUGAAGUAUUUGCUGCAGAAGGCUCGGAUGUUGUACUGCCCUGUAAAUACCCUGCAAUACUGAUCAGCAGUCCACCUGCAAUUGUCUGGAGUCAUAAGGAGAAAGGCACUAUUUGGAGGAAGGAACGGAACGGUCUGGAAUACCGCGGCUCUCGAUGGUCCCAACGUGUGCAGUGCCCUCACCCCCAGCUUGAAAGUGGCACAUUCAGCAUUCAGAUAAACAGCGUGACAGAGGAAGAUGUUGGACUUUAUUCCUGUAAAGUGGACCUUAGAAACCAAGUGAUUGAAAAGCAAGUCAUGCUCAGACUUAUUAAAGUGUCCUUUUCUCCACCGGCUCCCCUCUCUGGGAGCAACACUCAACUCUCUUGUGCUUUGAAACCCUGGCGUCAUGGAGUAUCUGUGGAGUGGAUGUUAAACAACAAUCCAUAUUUGCCUCAGGCUAAAACCGGCUUGCAUGGUGACAAAGUUUCAAGGGUUUUAAAAGUCACAGAGAAAGAGAGCGGAACCUGGACCUGCGUUGUGACGUACAAAGGAGAAAAGGGCCAAGCUUCAGCAGCUCUGGAUGUGAAAGGAAUCAUCCAACCACCCAAAGAUAACGCCAAGGUUUACGCUACUGUGGGGUCUCCGGUCACUCUCCCCUGUGUGUUUUCCUCUGGUUUAAGAACUUUGAGCGCAGGCUGGGAGAAAAUCAAUCCUGUGUCUCCAUCCACCCGCGAUCUCCAACUGCUUUCUUUGGAUUCGUCCUCAUCUGACCGGCUCCGCUGGGAUAGGUCUAUCCGUAUUAAUGAGGUCACAUAUGAGGACGAAGGAAAGUACAGAUGUAGUGGGAACGUAGGACAGCAAAGGCUGACUCGGACUUUGCAGCUCGUUGUUGCUAAAAUCGUCAGCUUAAAGCAAAAAUACUCAACGACGCUGACCUGCCAGCUGAGCGAUGCAAGCGAGGUCACCGAAUACGAGUGGGCUCAUGUGACUUACGAUGAAAAUGGCACCGCGAUUGUUGGGUCCAUCCAGAAGGGGAAGGAUAUAAUGAUUACUGACGGGUCAGCGGAGAGCUGGGGCGAAUGGACAUGUAGUUUCUAUGGGCAAGAUGGCCUUUUGGGGAAUGUGACAUACAAUACUCAUCUGAUGAGUGGUCUGAGUGGACAGAAAUCCUCAAGUGCAUCAAAUAACACCGCCACAGUGGUCGGCCUCAGCUUUCUCCUCAUUGUUCUGCUCCUCAUUGUGGCUCAGAUGUACAAGAACCACCAAAGGAGGAAAAGGAUCUUUCAGUAUCCCGCCCUGGAGACCAUUGUUCAUACCAUCUCCAACGAGCGGGAGGAGAGAGAAAGGAACCGGGAGAAAAUCUAAGGACACAUAAAAUUCGAGGCUUCGCUGGAAGAAUUUCAGAGCACUAAAUUGAAGCAAAAUC